GGUGUCAUGUGACUGUCGGGUGUCAGCCGCGGGGGCAGAGAAAGAUGGCGGAGAGCGCCGAGUGCGAGCGGGUAACGGGGCCGCCGGGGCCGCGCAGCGCCGCCGCCACCGCCGCCGCCGCCAGCGCCCCGUCACCACCGCAGACCGUAGACUCGGCCUCGGGAGAAAGCCACCAGUCCCCGGGAGGAGCGGCUAAAAAGCCAGAUGAUGCCGGAGUGGAAACAGCAGAGGAAGCUACAGAGCCAUCUGAACCAGACGUUAAUGAGCUCUGUAAGGACAUGUUCACUAAAAUGGCUGUUUACCUGCAAGGAGAACUCACAGCUACCUGUGAAGAUUAUAAACUGUUGGAGAACAUGAAUAAAUUGACCAGCCUUAAGUACCUGGAGAUGAAGGAUAUUGCUGUAAAUAUUAGUCGUAACCUCAAGGACCUCAAUCAUGAAUAUGCCAGUUUGCAGCCCUACCUUGAUCAGAUUAAUCAGAUUGAGGAACGAGUAGCAGCUCUGGAACAAGCAGCUUAUAGACUGGAUGCAUACUCCAAAAGGCUAGAAGCCAAAUUUAAGAAACUAGAAAAGCGAUGAGCAUUGCAAGUGCUGUCUGACUCGCUGCAGUUGAUCAGCCAACAGAUUGCAAUGGUGUAAUGAAUGUUUGAAAUGUGGAUCAACUUGUAGUUUGAUCUGUGAACAGAUGGAACAAAAUCUGUAGAAUGAAUGAACCUUAAUACAUUCUAACCAGUAGGAGAAGAGAUUAUUGGUGAAACCUGCAGUGAUAAAGUGCGACAAGGAGUGAAGAUUGACUCUUCCUGGAGGUUUGAUUUUUAAUUCGUAUAAGAAACGCUGGAACCCAUUGUUAAGGUAAACCGAAAAUCUUUUGGACUAGACACAUCUCUUUCUUACCAUUUCAGGGAAAUUGGAAAAGUUUGCAGCUUUUUAACUAUUUAAAUCCUUUGUUUUACUGCAAUUGUUUCCUUAAGUUGUACUUUUCAUGUUGGUUUGAACAAUUUCUGUAAGAAGAGCAAACUAUGAAUUUUUCUUAGGAACUGAGGUGUUUAAGGUUCAACCCUGUCUAAUUUGUAUUUUGUUUGCAGUUGCAAAGUGACUUGCUUGGUCUAAGUAUUGAUUAAAAUUGUAGUACAAUCAUUAUGUGACCAUAAUUGAAUACAGUUUGAAUACAAUACCUUUGACAAGCUGCAGUCAUAGGAUAGUGGAAAAAGCACCCUUCAAUCCUGGCUAUUUGUGUACGAUUGACAAAUUAUAUUUAUUAAGUGAAUCAUUGCCAGAUAGUAAGGGUAACAGACCGACAUAAAGUCUCCUAGUGAAAUGUUAUCUUGAUAAUCACCUGAUAUUUUGAGAUUGUUAGUCUGUAAAUCAAUCUAACCCAACUCUGGAUUUUCACAAGAAAUGUUAGAAAAUCAAACUUCUGUAAUUACGUUUUUAUAAAAAAAAUUGAAACUGUUGA